CGAAACGAUCGGGCAUGUUUAAGUAAGAAUAAGUAAAAGUAAAUACGUACACAUGUAUUAAAUAUUAACAUUUAAGAAUUAUGUGUAUUGCAUUGACUUUUUAAAAUAAAUACAUAAGUAAACAUGGCUGAAAUUUUAAAAGGAUUAUUAUUAGGGGUGUUGUCUCAAAAGUGUUACAACGAAUACUUUCUAAAGUACAAUUUUCUUGAUGUACCAUGUUUCAAAUCCACACUCAGCAAAGGUCUCGGAAUCGGCAUCAUUCUAGGGUCCAUACUGGUAAAAGUGCCACAAAUUUUCAAAAUUUUACAAAGUAAGAGUGCCGAAGGAAUCAAUAUUUAUGGAGUUUAUCUGGAGUUGUUUGCUAUCACUGCGAACUUUGCUUAUAGCUAUGUAAUGGGUUUCCCAUUCAGUGCAUGGGGUGAAGGAACAUUUUUAGCCAUCCAAACGGCAAUGAUAGCAGCUUUAGUACUCCAUUAUGGUGGCGCUCCAAUGAAGGGCGGAAUAUUUCUGUCUGUUUACUGUGCAAUAGUCUCAGUUUUAGUAAGUGGUUAUACCUCCACUGAUAUAUUAUGGACCAUGCAGGCUGUCACUGUUCCUAUCAUUCUCAUAGCCAAGUCAAUCCAAAUAGGAACGAACUACAAAAAUGGCAGCACUGGUCAACUGUCGUUUAUAACCUGCUUCCUGUUGUUUGGAGGUAGUGUAGCAAGAAUCUUCACAUCAAUUCAAGAAACUGGAGACUCCAUUAUUAUUCUGACCUACUGUGUUUCAACCAUUGCCAAUGGUGCUAUUGUUUUACAAAUGUUGUGGUACUGGAAUGUUGAAAAGACAAUUAAAGUAAAAGGCAAGAAAAAACCAAAGCGUGCUUAACACAAUGGGUAUUUCACCUUUCAACUCCCUUAUAAUUUAGCUGUAAAAAUAAAAUAAAGACAUAUUUAAUUCAAUUCCUUUUAUUAUCUUAAUUACCAUGAAUCCUGUUUUGAACACUGAUGUUAUUGUUUGUUAUACCUAUGUAUUAUUAUCUUUGUUAUGUGUCUGAACUUUGUAUGCCCUUGUGGGUUCAUUGAUUAUGUAUUUUGAGAAUCCAUAAGUAAAGGUCGCUUGUGACUGCAGAUGGUAGAGGUUGAGCAAUGACAUCAACCCCUUUUACCAGAAAACCAUUCUCAUAUUCCACCCUUGCAUUCGAAAUACUUUUAUGCUCUACAGUGAGAAUUGGGAAUUCAAACAGCUAAUGGUGUUUAAGAAAAUAAUGUAAUAAGCCCAGAAUAGACACCAUAAAGUGAAUGUUGUUGUCCGCAUAGGUUGCAGUUAUAAUGAUAUUGAUACAAUUAAAAUUGUAUAUUAUGUCCUAUCAUCCUUGUAUUUAUAAGAUGUGACCUUAUUUUAACUCACGAGGCCAAGUAACAUACUUUGAAUGGACAUUGUGUUUGUAAUUAAAAAUACUUGAAAAAUUC